AUGGCGACACCCUCCGCAAAACCUGGCGCAACGCCAACUCAUCUAUCCUCUCCCCAUCCUUCCUCCGCUCCUCUCUCUCGAUCUCUCGCCCAUAAAUCGCCUUCCAUGAGAACACCGACCGGCUCAGGACCCGCUCAUGCGCAUCACACGAGUGUCUCGUCCCAUCAAUAUGCGACCCCUCUUGCCGUCCCGAGUGGGGUUGACGACACUGUCAAUUUCAGUUCGCCUUCGGCUCUCUUGGCGCUUGGUGGAUAUACUGGCAUCAGUCCUUCUCCUGUGGUGCAUGAUGGUCUUGUUGGUGCGGGCAUGAACGAGAGCGACAUUCAAAACCUCGGGAUGCAGGGAAUCAAGCUUGGAGUCGCGCGCGACAACGACGAAGAGCAGAGACAUCGUGUCGAGGAGGUCGUUCAGCUUCUACGAGCCCGAGUUUCUGGUAGAGGAGUUUCACGCGAAAGCGUGGAACGAUUGAGUCGACUCGAAGAUUUCGAGUCCAUUUGGCAAGACGACAAUCUCAACAUCGCCGGUAACUUCGUCGAUCUUGAGAUCGAUUUUUAUCCUGGCCAGGAUGUUGUCAAAGACGUCAGUCUACGAUAUGCCACACCUGAAUAUACGGAAGGUGUGCGGCGCGAGGAAGCUACAGCUGUCUUGAAACGAACCCUCGCCCAGUCCCCAGAGGACGCCGAAUGCGGGAAAUGGAGGUCACUUGAGGAGUUCCAUGAGAAUCUACAAUGGCUUGCGAAGCUUGACAAACUCAGCCAAGAGGUGAAUUGCUUUGAGGCCUUGGAGAAUCUUGAAGAGAACCUCAGGCGGAUCUGGGUUGAAGAAAGCAAGAAUGGGAAGCACAAUGGCGAGUAUCAGCAUCUUUGUGCAGGUGUCAUCGGACGCCCAACCAUUCACAAAGGGACUCGAAUCGGACUCGGCUUGGAAUAUUGGGUUGAGCAAGCCAAAGUCCUGGAUACGAAGCGGAGCCUACCGUCUCCGGAUGCUAUGGAUCUUGAUCCGCAACAUGAUCGAGCCUCGAAGGGCGAGUUAGACGACCCAAGCAGAGUAUGGACUGUUAUGAUUGAGUGCGAAGAGGGGUAUCCGUCGCUGCGCAUUUCAAAGGAAUGGGUUGGGAGUGAGGUUUUUACAGUGGGUGAAAGUACUGAAUUGCUUCCAUCAAAUGGUGCCUCUGGGUCUGUGAACUGGCUUGAUCCUCCGCAGACCACGCGACUGACCCAUGGCAAUCAUGAUCCCAUGGCGUUGGACUCUAGCAUGCUGGAAUCAUCGCUACCCAACCGCCGAUUCGUCGGUAAACUUGAGCCUGCACUUGACGUUCCUAUUCUUGCAGCCUCGGAGAUUUAUCGUCAUCUCGGUAUGCAACUACCACAAGAGUUCAAGAUGAUCACAUACGAUGCGUUGUUGGUGUCGGAAACUUCGCCGUUGACGUCACCGGUUUCAUCACCUCAAAUUGGCCGCAGAAAGCGCCGGAUGACCGUGCAUGCUGUUAAUUCAAAGGGCGCACCAUAUACGAAACAACAUAACUACACUUUCCAAUCUUUUGAGUCCAUCACUGGUUGCACCAUCCGUGACCUACCUUUCUCGCACCCUCGGCAGCUCGCGGAUAUCCUUCCAAUCCUCCGGCAGUAUGCCGUGUUAGCCAAUUUGAUUCGGAAGACAUUCCAUCUUCCUUCCAAGGAUCAAGCCAACACCACCCAAUCUUCAAAUGCAAUCCCCCCAAAUCCCCGCGCUCCUUCUAUCCAACCCCCAGACCUCUUCGCUGGUCACGACGGGCCCAUCUUCUUGAACAACAGUGAUCCAAAUGAGGAGAGAUUGAAUCUGCUACUGGGUCUCAGUAGCUCGGAUGAUGGCAAGAAGGAUUCUGGGGUUGGACUUUCAACGCCUUCCAGAGGAGGAAAGAGCCCCGAACAACUGUUCGUGGACGACGUCAAAGUCGACGUGACCUUGCGCAUUCAACUGGGCCAAGCUCCUGCUCUCAUGCUACUCAUCACAGAUCAGAGGCACUACAACGAGAAUCCUGAAACCGCCCGAUCUAUUCAAGUCCCCAAACAAAUCACAAUUUGCUUUGAAGUCGGGCUAAACGGCCAGAUCUCCGUUGUGGACACUGCUGGAUUAAUGGGUGGUGAAGCGGUUGGUGACACUGAAAUGCAAGGUAUGGACAACCUUGAUCUAGGGCUCCAGGAUGUACAACAGAAGAUUGCCAGAGUGCUCGAGGUCUCGCAAGACUUGAGCAUCUUGGUUGAGUGGGUACUGCGUUGGAUGCAACAGCGGGCCGGAAAUGGGUGA